GCUUCCAUUGAUUCAUUUCAGCAACCUAAUGCUGUACAAAAGGCUGGUCCUGGGACUGUCAACAUGGCUACAGGAGUCCCAGAUUACAACAGAACGGAGUCUGACAGAUUAAAUGAGAUCAAAGGCCACUUGGAAAUUGCCUUGCUGGAAAAGCACUUUCUCCAGGAGGAGCUAAGAAAGCUGAGAGAAGAAACCAAUGCUGAAACACUGAAACAAGAGUUAGAAAAAGAACGCUUGAGGAGAAUAGAACUGGAACAAAAAGUCAGUGAAAUUCUGAAAGCAAGAACAGAUGAAUCACCUCCAUCUACUCAACAGCCCCCCAAAGCACAGAAUGGAACAGAUAAACGCAGCCACAUGGUGUGUUCAAGAGUUCAGAAGUGGAUUUAUGAUAAAUUUGGGGAAUAUAUUGAAGACUUCAGAUUUCAACCAGAAGAAAACACAGUGGAAACCGAAGAGCCGCUCAGUGCUAGACGACUAACAGAAAAUAUGAGAAGAUUGAAGAGAGGUGCCAAACCUGUUACAAAUUUUGUGAAGAAUCUUUCUGCCUUAUCGGACUGGUAUUCUGUCUACACUUCUGCUAUUGCCUUUAUUAUCUACAUGAAUGCUGUAUGGCAUGGCUGGGCCAUUCCUAUGUUCUUAUUUUUAGCAAUUUUGAGGUUGUCCCUAAAUUACCUCAUAGCCAGAGGAUGGAGAAUACAAUGGAGUAUUGUGCCUGAAGUUUCUGAGCCUAUUGAACCUCCCAAAGAAGAUUUAACAGUGUCUGAAAAGUUCCAGCUUGUUCUGGAUGUGGCACAAAAAGCACAGAAUUUGUUUGGGAAAAUGUCAGAUAUACUGGAAAAAAUUAAGAAUUUGUUCAUGUGGGUCCAGCCUGAAAUAACACAGAAGUUAUAUAUUGCCUUAUGGGCAGCUUUUAUUGCAUCCUGCUGCAUUCCUUAUAGGAUCAUUGGGCUUGCAAUAGGACUUUAUGCAGGAAUUAAAUUUUUUCUGAUCGAUUUCGUCUUCAAACGAUGCCCAAGACUACGAGCAAAGUAUGAUACACCUUAUAUCAUAUGGUUGAACUUGCCUACAGAUCCUCAGCUGAAAGAGAGGGCUAAUGCUACAGUAUCAAGACGGCUUCAAACAGCAGCAUCCCGAAGUUGUGUAGGUUCGAACACCUCAGCAGGAGUGAGCCGAGAGGAGGAAACCAGCCGCUUUCACAAUACGAAGAGAGGAAACUUCCAUGAAGUAUUUAAUUUAUCAGAACAUGAGCGUCCAUUGGCAGUGUGUGAAAAUGGCUGGCGCUGCUGCUUGAUCAACAGAGAUAGGAAGAUAACCACUGAUUACAUUAGGAAUGGAGUUCUCUAUGUUACAGAAAAUUACUUAUGUUUUGAAAGUUCCAAAUCUGGUUCAUCUAAAAGAAACAAAGUUAUAAAACUAGCAGAUAUAACAGAUAUUCAAAAGUACAAAGUACUCUCUGUUCUCCCAGGAUCUGGGAUGGGUAUUGCAGUAUCCACACCAUCUACGCAAAAACCACUCGUGUUUGGUGCCAUGGUACACAGAGAUGAAGCUUUUGAGACUAUUUUCAGCCAGUAUGUGAAGAUAACUUCUGCAGCAUCCACCAGUGAAAGCUAGUAUAUCAUCCUUGGCUGUUUUCAUAGGAGACGUAAUGAAUUUUACUCACUCGGUAGUGAAUAAAAAGGUGGAACAUCCUUCAUCAGUCCUGCAAUAAUUUUCUUUGUUGCGUAUGUCUUACGUUACAUACAUGUAUUUUAUACAUGCCUUCCAUGGUUUCUGUUGUUUUUUUACUGUUUUUUGUAAUAAAAGAAAAAAGCAGUGAAAAUGCUAUCAGCACUGUUAGCCUUGCACAUUAAGCACUUUUAAUGUUUGGUCACUGACAUUAAAAAGCUUAGGAAGACUCUUAGCAAAACUAGCUUGAAGGAUAGGCCAAGGAUAAUGUCUUGUCUUAACUAGACAUCCCAGAGCGCUAUGGUUCACCCCAUACUUCUUUGGCUAUGGGUUCUGCACACUCCCACUGCACAAGUUCCAUUGAUUUCAGUGGCAUUACUGUAUAUAUGAAUGGGUGCAUGUUUGCAGUUGAACUCAGCAAAAUCUGUCAAGAACAUGAUUGUGAAGGGUCUUAGUUUUCCUAAAUGAGAUGUAAAUAAUAAUAAUCGAAGGUAUGAGUAUUUGAAGCUGUGCUUCCAGAAGACUUUCAUACUGACUUCUGUAUCUUUUCAAAAGACAUCUAUAGUUUAGAGACAUUUGGGAGAUGCAAUUAAUCUUCAGUCCUUUGAGAGUUAGUAUGCUCAUUUCUUUUUGGUCUACCUUAUACAUCUUGCUUUGUCAUUUAUCUUAUGUCACUGUGUUGGCAUAAUAAAUGUUCCCAGCAUUUUCAAUAGAAAAGCAACUUUUUAAGAAUUAUUUCGCAUGUUGCAUUAUCCUGUGUUUUCCUUUUUUCUUUAAAAUAUUGGAUAGACAAUAUAGAACUUUUAAAAUCAUGAAAAAUGUUUCCAUGGGAGGGAUGAUGAAAGUAGUAUUGCAUCAAUGUGCCACAGGCUGUGCACCCUUUGUAGUACUUUGAGAUGUCAUAUGCAUGUAAAAAAGGAGUGGUGCAAUGUUGGAUCCUGUUGUUACCUCUGUACAUGUCCAUAAUUCUCUUUCUUUGGUGUUCUUAUUUGGUAAAUUUAGUAUUGCACAAACAUUAAUUUGCAGUUGCUGGUCAUUUUAGCCUUUUGAGGGCUUUAUCUCCUCUUUCUGUAGUAAUGAACUUUGCAUGUGACAGUCUUGAAUCAUGAAAAGAAACUGAAUAGAUGGCUAGGACUCCACAUGAUAAUUGAAUGUUUUGUAAAGAGGGCACAAUGGAUUCUUUUAUUUCAAAAGACCAGUCAGAGUUUGAAGAUCGGAUGGUUCUUAAUAGAGAAGCAGUAGAUCCUAGAAUCUAUUCUGUACUCGAAAUGAACCCCUCACCUGCUUUUGUUAUGUACAUAGGGUCAGUUGUUUACAAAUGUGAUUGGAACUGACAAGUAGGAAAACAAUUAAAGAAGCUUCUUCUCUGCUAUGAACCAGUCUAUCCCAAACCUUUCAUUCAUGGCUUUAAAUCCUGUUGUUUGGCUCUGUUCCAUGCAUUUGCAUGUAACAUGUUGCUGUUGCUCAAUGAAUCUUAAUCAUCAUAUGUACAGAUGUCAUAGGAAGAUGGGCUUCUGUAGGCAGUGAGAAAAAAUCAGAAGUCAAGGAAGCGUGAAUAAAAUUGUGGGGAAUAAAUGCUGGAAAAGUUUUGCAAACUGAUUAAUGUGUAAAGGAGAUCUCUUCCCAAAAGGAUUAAAGCACACUUGAAGUUAAUUACUGGUCUAGAAUCAGGAUCUGAAAGGCUUAAUAGAAUGCUCAUAAAUUUUCUAUAAGGUAAUACAGGGGUAUAAACUCUGUUGUACUUUGACCCCCCAAAACGCUAAAUGAAUUUAUGUGACUCCCCCCAAUGAAUAAAACUCAUGAUUUCAGUGGUAUUAGGAUAGGGCAAAUAUAUAUAUAUUUAUAUAUAUAUAUAUCACUGAUUUUUAAUAAUUAAAAUGUAAUCCAUAUAAAAUUAAACCAUGAGAGAAGGUUGCAACUUUAUAACAUAAAACCUUUUAACUGGAAAUAAACCAUACAAAAUCGAACUUAAAACCAUAUUUUUAAUGGGAAAAAUAAGGUUGUUUACUUUUGCGCGACCCUUGCAAUCUGGCUUUCAUUUUUGAGACAGUCACUCUCAUAUUUUAUUCCACAUUUAUUUUGGAUUAACAUUUGCCAUUUAUAGCAGCAACUGUUAAAAAUAAAUAAAUUCUAAUUUUGCUGUUGGCUUAACCAGGCAGAGUGAGAGCAAGUUCUGAUAGUGAUCCUGCUUUGCAUGCACAAAACAUUUGCAACAUCUCUCGCGGUUGCUUAUGGCCCCCUGGGGGAUUGUGACCCACAGUUUGAGAUCUCCCAUGUAACAGAAAAAAAAAGUUAGUGAUAGUAACUUCUUGGCUUUUCUAGUAAUGCAUUUCUUUAUUAACAUUUUGUGAUUUUAUAUAAAAUGUUGAGCAAGUAGGCUAUAUAAACUUUUGAACAAAUAAGGAUUUUGCCAGGCAUAAUUCCAGCAAGUAAAUGUAUUGAUGGGAAAAUAAACAUUACAUCAGCUUAACAUUUUUACUAACCUAAAUCAGAAUCAUAGUACACGGAAUUAUCUUUUCCCCCCUUCUUUUUUUAAGCCCCUUGGAUAUUCAUGAGGUUUUUCUUUUUGGGAAAAGGAUAGAUUAUAUUUUUACAAAGUAAACUAUUUUUCUUAUUUUUGUAUCAUUUUCAAGUGUACUUUGUAACCUUCACUCUGAUUAUGAAAUUACUGGUUCUGGUGAAAGUCAGAUAACAGCAUUUUUUACUUUCUCCCUGUUCUGGUCAACCGAAGAAUUGUUCUAGAACAGUGUUUUUCAACCUUGGCAACUUUAACAUGUGUAGACUCCAACUUCCAGAAUUCCCCAGGCUGGGGAAUUCUGGGAGUUGAAGUCCACACAUCUUAAAGUUGAUGAGGUUGAGAAACACCAUUCUAGAAGGUGGUCACUUGAAAUCUAUUUGUGAGGUAAUGGUUAUGCCACAAUAAUAAUCCUUUAGUACUUAUAUUUUCAGAAUGAAACAGUAUGUGUCAUGACUUUCCCUGUUCUUCUGUGAUCUUACUAAGACAGGUUUGUUCAGAAUAAGCUGUACUUUUGUAAAUGCAUCCCUUAAAAGUUAGAGUAGAACAUGUAUUGCAAAUUACAGCGCAAAGAUAAUUAAUUUCUGUAUCAUGUAAAUGAAAAGGCAGGUAUGUAGGAAUAGGUGAAUCUAUCAUAUUUCGUUUAGCUCAAUGUUCAAUCCUUAAUUUUAUCCCAGCCUAUUUCUGCAUGAAUAUAUAAAUUCUCCCACCAAAAUUAGAAAAAUGUCUCAAUUUGUGGGCACAUUUUUCUUCAUCUCUCCUUUUCCUUAGUAUACACAUUUUAGUGUGUUUGUACAUGUAUGUUUUUUACAAGCGAAUAUCAUCAAAAGUCUACAAAAUUACACAUUUUAGCAUUGAAGUGCAAUCUAAUCAGGCAUGUGAGGAGUUGAAUUAGGUAAAUAUGCAUUAAAAUGUGAACUAUCUAAUUUUUCCCCUUUGCUGCAGCCAUGUACAUUUUCCUAUUCAAAGAACUAGUGAACUUCUGUGCUUUGUGAUAUGGGGUGUUUGAUAUAAUGCCCUAAAAUAUGUGCUGGACCAUCUCAGUGCUUUUCUUUUUCCUUUAUCCUAAACUGUUGAACAUUUGUCAGUCUAUUCUAUACUCAGGCAACCACUCUUAGGUUUGAUCUAAAUUCAUCUCUUUCCAUGGGAUUUUCAGUAUCUACUUACUGAGAUGUAGCUCCACUAGUGCUACUAAUACAAAGUGUUACCUUAAAGUAGCAUUUUUAAAAAACAUUUUAUAAAUUUGCUGUGCUGAUACAUAUAUUAGUUUUUCCUGUGACUCAUGGUGAUUUUUUAAUAUUUAGUUGAAUAAGCUCUUUUACUAGAAACAUAGUGGUCAAGUUGGAGAACCUUUUCUCAGCAUAAAGGGAAAUGAAAACUGAUCACAUCUUAUGUUCCCUUCCUAAACUGCCAGAAUCAGAAAUUCUAUUACAUUAACAUAUUAGUUUUGCAGGAUUUGACUAUAGGUAAAUUAUGUAGCACCAUAACACUAAAGUCCUGCAAAGCCAAUGGAUGUGCUGUGUAAACCGAGUGAGGAUACUCUAGAGAUCUGGGAAUGUUAUAUUGUUGACCUGCAAAAGCAAAUCUGGUAGUUUAUAACUAAUUAUGUACAUUUUGGCAGAUGUUUUUUUCUGCUACUAAUCAUUAAAAAAAUGGAUGUGAAAUACUUUUUAUGUCUGAAAUUUCAGUCUAUAUUUUGAAGUUGUAAAUAAUGCAUUAGCAGUGUAACUUUUGUUCAGACAGGAGAGUUGUACUGUAUGAAAAACUGAACUGAAACAAUUUGCCCUGUACAUUUUUUAAGAGAACUUUCUUUGUUAAAAAAAAAAAAGGGGGGGGGUGUCUUGGUAUAAAUUAUAAUUUUUAU